CGUGGGAUGACGCCAUCAGAGAGCGUCACCAGUUGAGUCUGUCAGGAGCAAGUAUGUCGCCGCCGCCGCUCUUUAGCUUGCCGGAGGCGCGGUUGCGUUUCGCGAACUCUACCCGAGAUGCACUCAAAAACAAAACAAUUAAACCUUUAUUGAGUGCAUUCAUCCAGAUACCUGGAAGUGAAAAUGAAAAAAGGUUUACACUGGAUCAAGCUUUCAGAGUUGCUCUCGAAGAAGAAAUUAUAAAUAAAGCUUCGUGUGAAAAUGUCUUGGCUAUCAUUUCACUUGUUAUUAAUGGGGUCAUAGAAGGUAUUUGUACUGCAUCAACCCCUUUUGUGCUCUUGGGAGAUGUUUUGGAUUGCCUUCCUUUGGAUCAGUGUGACAAGAUUUUCACCUUUGUGGAAAAAAAUGUUACUACAUGGAAAUCAAACACAUUUUACUCUGCAGGAAAGAAUUAUUUGCUGAGAAUGUGUAACGACCUUUUAAGAAGACUGUCAAAAUCACAAAAUACAGUGUUCUGUGGAAGAAUUCAACUCUUUCUGGCCAGGUUAUUUCCUCUUUCAGAAAAGUCAGGGCUUAACUUGCAAAGUCAAUUUAAUUUGGAAAAUAUCACAGUUUUUAAUACUAGUGAGCAAGACAGCACCCUUGGACAGAAGCAUGCCGAGGAGAGAGAGGAAGGAAUGGAAGUAGAAGAAGGUGAAAUGGGAGAUGAUGAAGCUCCUACAAGUCGUUCCAUUCCAAUAGAUUAUAAUCUGUACAGAAAAUUCUGGUCACUUCAAGAUUACUUCAGAAAUCCUGUACAGUGCUAUGAAAAGGUCUCAUGGAAAACAUUUCUUAAGUACUCUGAAGAAGUAUUAGCUGUCUUUGAGAGCUACAAGUUGGAUGACACUCAGGCAUCAAGAAAGAAAUUAAAAGAGCUGAAAAGUGGAGGAGAACAUGUUUACUUUGCAAAAUUCCUGACAAGUGAAAAGUUAAUGGAUUUACAGUUGAGUGACAGCAAUUUUCGCCGCCACAUCCUAUUGCAGUAUUUAAUAUUAUUUCAGUAUCUAAAGGGACAGGUGAAGUUUAAAAGUUCAAACUAUAUUCUGACCGAUGAACAGUCCCUAUGGAUUGAAAAUACCACAGUGCUAGUUUACCAGCUUCUUAAAGAAAACCCUCCAGAUGGAGAAAGAUUUUCCAAAAUGGUGGAGCACAUAUUAAACACAGAAGAAAAUUGGAAUUCAUGGAAAAAUGAGGGCUGUCCAAGCUUUGUGAAAGAAAGACAGAGUGAUUCCAAGCCAGUAAGACCUUUUGUGCGAAAGAGACCAGCUCCUGAAGAUUUCCUGGGGAAAGGACCUAACAAAAAAAUUCUAAUGGGGAAUGAAGAAUUGACUCGGCUGUGGAAUUUAUGCCCUGAUAACAUGGAAGCAUGUAAAUCUGAGAGUCGAGAAUAUAUGCCAACAUUGGAAGAGUUUUUUGAAGAAGCUAUAGAACAGGCAGAUCCUGAAAACAUGGUUGAUAAAGAAUUUAAGGCUGUGAAUAAUUCUAACUAUGGCUGGAGAGCAUUAAGACUAUUAGCACGAAGAAGUCCUCACUUUUUUCAGCCAACCAAUCAACAGUUUAAGAGUUUACCAGAAUACCUCGAAAACAUGGUCAUCAAAUUAGCUAAAGAAUUACCUCCUCCUUCUGAAGAAAUUAAAACAGGCGAGGAUGAAGAUGAGGAAGAUAAUGAUGCUUUAUUAAAAGAAAACAAUGAAAGUCCAGAUGUUCAACGGGACAAGCUUGUAACAGGAGAACAAAUAGAAUUAUUUGCUAGCAAACUUGGUGAAUACUGGAAAGUCCUGGCUCCAUAUUUGGAAAUGAAAGACUCUGAUAUAAGGCAGAUUGAAUCAGAUAGUGAAGAUCUGAAGAUGAGAGCUAAGCAGUUGCUUGUUACUUGGCAAGAUCAAGAAGGAAUCCAUGCUACUAUGGAAAAUUUGAUUACUGCAUUGAACAAAGCUGGGCUGAAUGACCUUUCUGAAAGCUUAACCAAUGACAGUGAAAACAAUAGCUAAUUUGAAAAUAGCUUUUUAAUUAAAACAAUGGCUAUUCUUACUGAAUGUAAUAUUUGAUAGGGCAGUUUAAUUUGAUGAACAAUAAAUUCUUUUAAUAAUUGUCUAGAAAUUCUGCAAAGAAGAGAAUUAGUACUACUGAUUAACUGACCCUCUGAAAUCCUUAGGAUAUGGAAAAGUAGAAAAUACAUUUUCACAUGUGUGUUAUGAAAGAGAUUUCUUUAAUAUAAUUUAGAAUGUUCUAAGGGCUCAAUCUCAAACUAAUUCUUCCACAAAUUAUAUGCAAGCACUCAAUUUCUUUACUGAAAAACUGGCAAAGGAAAUUGCUACUUGUUUGCUAACAAGCUUUGCAUAUGGGAAAUCAAUAAGGACUACAUUACUGUUAGGCUAUGAUAUGCAUAUAGUCUGUUGUAAUGAAGUGCCUCCAAAUGAUUAUGUUGAUAGCUAAAUUACAGCUAAAUACUUGACUUUGUU